AAAGCAUUCUCCGCGCGUUUGACACUACUCGAAAAACUUGUUCAGGAACGUUCGGUAGAUGAUAGAUGACUAGAGUUAAAGGUACUAUGCGAAGCGUGUGCAAAGAACAAGUGCGUCGAGUCUCUGUGGGAUGUUUAAAAACGGUGACGCAAGAUUGUGAUAAAUGUUAUCUUGGUCAAACGAUCUUGUGAACGUCGGCUCCAAGGAGUGUUACGGUUACCAUUGGUACGAUCAUACAUUGCGACGUGCAUCUUGGUCGUUGAGAACUCUUAGGACAAGGGGAGGUGAAGGCGAAGGCGAAGGCGAAGGCGAAGGCGAAGGCGAAGGCGGAGUCGAGAGCAGAGGCGAGAAUUUCGGUGGACGAUUCGCGGUGGCGGGUGAGGAAUUUCGGAGGGUUGAAACGGCGGAUAAAAGGUGGCGUGAAAAUGGGAGAGAAUCAGCAGCAACAGCAGCAGCAGCCGCAGUUUCUUCGUUCGAUCAACAACGAUCAGAGGACUUUCGUUAAGUUCAUCAAUACGACGCAGCGCCACGUCGGUUUGUAUUGGAUCGACUACCAAGGACAGGCGGUCAGCUACGGCGUGUUGACGCCUGACGAACACAAGGAUAUCAACACGUUUGUCACCCAUCCGUGGAUCUUUGUUGACAAUGAAACGAACGACAGAGUGGAGCGUUUUCGUGGACACCGUGAUUCCGUCUCGGCAGUUUCAUCCAUUCGAUUUCGAACUUGGACGAGGAUGAAGGCCAGAAGGAUGCUGACGAUCGUAGUCGCGAUUUUAAUAUCGGCGAGCACGAUCACCAACAGCGCCGCGGAGCUCUACACCGCGUUGGCGGAUAUGGAGGAAUUGUUGGAAACGGAGGCGGUUCUCAUAGACACGCUCAACGGUUACAUCAAGGCUCAGGAACAGCGUCUGGCUACUCUCCGAAAAAACGUGGAGGAUUACGCGAGGGAACACGAGGAAGCCUCGAGAAACAUUCAACAGUACCUGUCGAAUCCAAUCAAUGCUUAUCUACUGGUGAAAAGACUGACCACCGACUGGAAGCGGGUCGAGGAGCUGAUAACCCAGGACGUGGGCAAGUCUUUCGUCGCGAAUAUUACGAGCUCACGGAGCGACCUUAAAUUCCCAACCGACGAGGACCUUAACGGCGCCGCCGUCGCUUUGAUGAGGCUGCAGGACACCUACAAACUCGAAACUGCACAGGUCGCCAGGGGCGUUCUAAACGGAGUUCAAUACAGCACCGGAUUGACUGCCAGCGAUUGCUUCGAGCUGGGACGGCAAUCUUAUCACAACCGCGAUUACUAUCAUACGGUUCUCUGGAUGCAGGAAGCCAUGGAUCGGCUUCAGGAGGAACAAAACGCGACCACGACUUCGAAACCGGACAUAUUGGAGUACCUGGCGUUCUCGACGUACAUGCAAGGGAACGUAGCUCGGGCUUUAAGCAUGACGAACGAGCUUUUGGAGCUGGUACCAACUCACGAGAGGGCUUUGGGAAACCGAGCUUAUUACCAAAAGGAAAUUCAGAGCAAGGCGAGCCAGUCGAAGAAGAAACGCGGCGAAGACGGUCACGAUGAUACAGCAAUUCCCGAACAACACUUUACCGUAAACGAGGAAAAAGUGAAACCCUGGGAGGAGAUGACCGAAAGGGAAAGAUACGAAAUGCUGUGCCGCGGCGAGGUCUCGAUUCCACAGGAAAUGCAAAUGAAACUCAAGUGCCGGUACGUGGAUCGCGGGAUUCCAUUUCUAAAAAUCGCGCCGUUCAAAGAGGAGGAGGCGUAUCUGGAUCCGAGGAUAGUCGUUUAUCAUAACGUGAUAUACGACGACGAAAUCGAGACGAUCAAGAGAAUGGCGCAACCCAGGUUUAAGCGCGCCACAGUGCAGAAUUACAAAACCGGCGCUUUGGAGAUAGCCAAUUAUAGAAUUAGUAAAAGCGCGUGGCUACAGGAACACGAGCAUAAACACGUAGAGGCGGUGAGCAGACGCGUCGAAUUAAUGACCAGCAUGACGGUAGACACCGCCGAAGAAUUGCAAGUAGUCAACUACGGUAUCGGCGGUCACUACGAGCCGCACUUUGAUUUCGCAAGGAAAGAAGAAACGAACGCUUUCAAGAGUCUGGGAACUGGCAACCGUAUCGCUACAGUUUUGUAUUACAUGAGCGACGUGGAGCAAGGUGGCGGUACCGUUUUCACAGCCAUCAACAUUUCGUUGUGGCCCAAGAAAGGUAGCGCGGCAUUUUGGUACAACCUGAAACCUAACGGAGAAGGAGAUUUCAAGACCAGACACGCGGCUUGUCCAGUGCUCACUGGAUCCAAAUGGGUGGCAAACAAGUGGCUUCACGAAAGAGGUCAAGAAUUUUUGAGGCCUUGCACCCUCGAAAAUCAAGCAGCAGACGAGGCUGAUGUCAGACACUGAACCGAUACUCGACUCCGGAUCGACGACAUUAGGCAAAAUGAAGAAGAAAGAGAAACAUUUUUUUUAUUGCUGCUCGGCCAUUCAACAACAUUCAGACGAAAAACGAACAAAUCAUCUCUGCAUCGUUCCAAAAUAUAUUAUAACGACGGAUCGGAAAAUUUGUCGAUAUGUCGCGCGAAUGUUGCAACAAUGAUUUUCGUUUAGACGUAAUAUCGAUGGUCUUCGAUACUUACAGAACACGAUAACUGCCAGCAUUUGUUACACGCGUUUAAAUCACUCGCGAGAAUCACGAUUCUCGAUGAGCCUAAACGCGCGAUCUUUCGAUUUCUUGUUUCGUUUAUCUUAACCGGUCGUUUAACAAAGUAACGAGGCAGUUUCUGAAACGAUUCGCUCGGACUCGGCGUCACUCAUUAAAAAUUACUCUUAGAGAUAGGAUUUUUACAAAAGCACAGCGUUUAGGUGUAGCAUACGUUAGAAAUUAAAGCAAUAACGAAUUGCACGUUUGGGCCAGUCAGUUCAUCCUAGAAGUAGGAUCUUCGUGCUCGUUUACGUGAAACACGCGUGGACGUUGCAUAUCGAGCGCGAGAGCCGUGAUUAAUUGGCGUAAUUGAGGUCGCUCGACAAAAAAACAAAAAAAAAAACAAAAAAAAAUAAAUAAAUAAAAAUAAAAAAGAAAACCAGAAAAAACAUGAAAGAAGCGGAAGCAAGUAUUCCUGUGUUCAUCAAAGAGUAUUCUAAUUAAAUCUUAACCGUAUCGUUCCUUCUUCUACGGACACGUUCUACCCACUCGGUCGGGUCUUUCUGUAAAUAGUAGCGAUACAAUCGAGAAGCGAAUCGACGAUUCCUUGCAGGUAAACGGCGUCUUGUAUACGAAUCGCUUGUAAAAAAAAAUAAAAAAAAAAAAAAAAGAAAUAAAAGAAGAGGAAUGACAGACGCAAGAUUACAGUUUAUCGACGAAAAUGCACGUCUCUUUACAACCGGUGAUAUCGACCUUAGCAAGUAAGCCGUUAUUCGCGAGCUUCGGUAUUCGCGGUGAGAAAUCUCAUCGAAACAAUCAAGUUGGACAGAUACUCGAGCAAUGGAUCAGAGUUAUAGACACGUACCUUGAAUGUUGCCACCAUUUUACGCACGAUACCCCCGUCGCCAUCUUGAAUCACAAUCUCCACGAGCCGAAAUUUCACGAAUGUUCCUUCAAACUUUGGUAGGACGAUUGUCCGAGCUAACUUGUUGUCGGUUAAUUUUGGAAAAAAGUGUACGAGGAGAGGUAUGUUGUAUAUAAAAAGACUCCAUCGAA